AUGUACCCACUAUACUUCAUCGCAAACAACAAUAUUCCCCACAGCUUUCCAAGCGCUGUAAGGCGAGAAAUACAAGCAAAUCCUUCAAACUACCUUUUCCAUGAUACACACACAGUGGCGUACCACGAUGAAUUCUACACGGUGACGGGUGUUUAUUUGAAAAAAGUGAACCUUACCAACAAUAAGCUCCACAUUCAAUCCGCCAGAAAAAAAGAAGGCAUUUUAAGCUGCGGCCUGGGUCCAAAAUUCACUGAUGACAAGGCCAGAAUCGUCUUUUCCGUUGCCCGCUUGCAACAACUCUACUACAAUCCUUCGUGGUCUGAAGACAAAUCGCCUUUCUGGGGUAUGCUUUGCCUCAAAAUCGGCGUUUCAUUGAUUCCACUUGAAUACGCCCUAUCGAGCCCGCUUCUCAACAAUUCCAGGACUCUGCUUCUUGAUUACUCAAAAGUAGUGGAGCUGAACUACGAUGAUCCACACUCUCUUAAAUUAACCCCAUACUACAGGAAGCGUGAAGAGACAUCCAUGAUUCCUUAUGCAAGAAUCGUAACCCCUGGUGCUUCGGUGCCUUCUUUCUUGGUGCUAAAAUUGCAUCACUACGACACUUUUUUGUGCAUCUGUCAAGCAAAUCUUUGUAUCACCAACGUCAAGGUUAUUCUAGAAGAGCAUUCGUGGUGCAGGGUGGAUUCAGAAACGACUGUGGAUGUCCAGAAAGACGUUCGGACUCUAGUUCUUAUGGACUCGCUGGAGGAGCAUAUAAUUAGCCACGACCAGUUCAAAAACAACGGCACUGGUUUCACCCUGAAUCUUCCUGCUGAGGUCUACGAUUGCAAGCUUCCCAAUAUAGGACCCACUUUUUUUAGUGACCCGCUUUCGAGAACCUAUAAAGUUCGGGUGAAAAUGAGACUACUUUGUGAGACAAAAACAUGCUAUUCGGAGUUGUCCACCCUGUUGAAUGUUGAUGUUGCUCUCGAAAGUCACCUAUCGUCUUUGCAGCAGACUUACCAGCCCAAAAAAAGGGAUAUGCUGCUUUUUAUUGAGAGAACCCCAAUGGGCUCAAAUGUACUCCUGGAGGUUGCAAAUGCAGCAGCCCUGAAAGUCAAAAAAUUGUCUUCACGUUACAUUUACCAUAUUACAACGGCCGUACCCCGGAAAGAUCAUAUUGUGGGAAUCACAGCGGUGUAUCUCUCUGAAAAACACAAAAGCACAGAAACGUCCUCUGAAACAGACUUCUCGUGCUUGGACGAAAAUGCAAUGAUCAUGAAACCAAACGGCUGGUCCUUGACGGAACUAGAAAACCACAAAUAUGUCGACACUGAGUGCUUUUUCGUUUUUCCUGACCUUGAUAACAUACGGUUCCCUAGUCCACAUCAGGUAUCGUCACUGGAUAAGAGGGUAAAACUUGUGGCAUCUUCCCCUCCUCCAGUGAAACACUUUCCUGGUGCAACUUUGGAUGAAUUGGUGGAUCUCAGCAUCCAUGUGGACGAUAUAAUGUCGGUGUGUCUUCGUAAUAUCAAUAUCAAGCUUGUGAAGCAACAAGCUCGGAUCAAUCCUGGAGGAACAAAUGUGGUGAAAACUGAAACCUGGACGCUAUUUUCAGAACUGACGAGCUCUUAUUUCCGAAAAGGCGUUUUUCAUAUUCCUGGAGACAAUUUCCGCGAAGCCCAUUUGUGUCCUCUCAAAAAGCCGACUUUGACAUAUAUUUUCUUGAAAGCGAAUGACCCCAUGCGGCAUAUAUACGUUCCAAAUUCUCUUCCACCACAUAUCAUCAUGUUUCCAAUCUACCUUAUUGAAAAUGCGAAAGAGCCCAGCAGCUCUCGUCAAGCCGUAGACGAAGAGCUACAGAACAAUCCGUCAAAUCACCUUUUCCAUGAUACACACUCCGUUAUGGUAGGUGGAGAGUCCUGGACAGUUACCGAAUUAACCUUGAAAGAAGCAAAACUCCUCGAGGGCAGUUCAAACUUACAAGAAGCCAGAAAAAGAGAAGGUGUUUUGGAUUGCGGCCUGGGUCCGACCUUGAAUGACGGUAAGGCAAGAAUCGUAUUUGCAGUAAGCCGCAAGGACCAAUUCCAGUACUUUACAAGGAGAUAUAACGACAAAAACACCCUUCGGGGUGUACGGUGUCUUCAAGUCAGGGAUUCUUUUGUUCCUCUCCAGUACACUUUUUCCAAUCCGUUGCUUGAUAAGUAUAGGACGCUCAAUCCCAGUACCCUUAGUUCCACUGAAGAACAGCUGAACGAAGAAGUCCCUCUAAGGCUAGAAUCGUACUAUAAAGCACCCCUGCUGUUUUCCGUACUGCCUCCUUCACGAAUCAUCACACCUGGAAAGAGAGUGCCUGAUUUCAUGGAGUUAAGGCUAUGUCAAAACGACGGUUCUUUGUGCGAGUAUCGAAAAGGCCUUCUGGUCUCGAAGAUCAAGGUUGUAGUGGAGGAGCACACCUUGUGCAAGGUCCAGUCAAAAGAAGGUUUCAGUUUUGAGAGGAAAGUCGAAGAUUUCACGGAUCAUGAAUUGCUGAAGAACUUCACCGUCUCUUCUGACGCCUUUAAAAGUAAUGGAACUUCCUACACCGCCCUCAUUUCAACGGACCAUUAUCCUUUUGUUUUCCCCAGAACCGGGCCUUCGUUCUACACUGAAGACUUUUCAAGAACUUACACUGUUCGAAUCGAAAUGACGAUUUGCUGUAAUUUGAAAAAAGUCCAAUGGCACUUAUCGACCCGGAUGAACGUUGAUGUCGCUAUAGAGCACCAUUUAUCCUCCUCCAAGCCAGCCUUUCAGCCUCAAUUAAUGGACCGUUUGUUGCUCAUUGACAAAAUCCCAAGAUCACCUCAGACCUUGCUGGAUGUUGCCAGUACUUCUGCAAUGAGAGUUUCCAGUAUACCUUCAGGAUGUUUAUCUUCCUCCACCGUUUCAAUACCUCGAGAUGACCAUGUUGUGGCGUUGACAACGAUGAAUCUUCCACAAUGGCACGAUGCAAGAUAUAUCACUUUUGGCUCGAAACGGUUCAAAAUGUCUGGAGACUACGCCUUGGUCAUGAAGGAAAAAGGCUGGUCUUUGGUGGAAUACAAAAACGAUAAGUACAUCGAUACCGGUCAUUUUUUGAACCUCGAAGAGUACACCUGGUUCUUUCAGUCCUACCGGUAUUCGUAUUGUUGUAAAAUGGCAGGAGCAACCUUGUUGCUAUAUUUAAAUUACCCUUAUAGAGUGUUUUCAGGUUCUGCUUUAGAAAAGUACUUCACUGUGAAAGUGGAUCUCAAAGGUAAGCAUAAAAUGGGCAUCCAUAGAUUCGAAAUGAAGCUUGUCCAGCAGAAGAUUCAUGUGCUUCCAGGAGGCACACAUGAAGUCAAGCAUAAGUCCUGGCGUUUGAGUCCAAACUGUACCACUUUAUCAUUAUGGAAGGGAACCACUCAGGUGAAAUACCUGUGCAAUGUGCCAAAAGUCGAAGCUUCUGUUUUAUCCAACACCCUUUACAUUGGCUACAGAAUUUAUUUCACUUUGACUCUUAAAGAGGAAUAUCAUUAUCACAAAUUGACCAAUUACAUGACAUUUCACGUUGCCGAAAGAGGUCGAAGCACCAUUGCCGUUUCGCCUCCUCCAUACCGGGAGGAUUAG